AUGGCGCGAAAAGCGCCCGCUGCUGGAGCAAAGAAGCAAAAGAAGAAGUGGUCUAAGGGCAAGGUCAAGGACAAGGCCCAGCACGCCGUCAUCCUCGACAAGACCAUCUCCGAGAAGCUGUACAAGGAUGUCCAGUCUUACCGCCUCGUCACCGUCGCUGUCUUGGUCGACCGAAUGAAGAUCAACGGCUCCCUCGCCCGCCAGUGCAUCAAGGACCUCGAGGAGAAGGGCAUGAUCAAGCCUGUCAUCACCCACAGCAAGAUGAAGAUCUACACCCGUGCCAUCGGCGAGUAAAUUUACCACCAUAUUUUAAAGUUAAAGCAUUGAGAUUUGGGCGCCUGGUUGGUCUGCAAAGAAGAAAAUGGGCCAUGAGAGAAGAGGAUGAUAUGAGGUACAUAAAACCUUAGUUGGGACGCUUUUUCAUGCUCGGUGUAGCAUUUCAUGGGAUCGGAAACGCUUUAGCAUAUGGCUACGGAAUGAAGAACUUCAAAAAAUGACCAAACUGACGCAACUUGUCCCAAACAACCGUGUGACGCACAUGACUUGGUCACGAAAUUAAUGUGAUGAGUCUAUAUUAGAAUAUAUCAGUUCGCUGCUGCCACCGCGUUGUGCAAUCGAUGUCGUCACUCAAUUGAAAGAAUGCGUCCCUCAUCUAUCAUUAC